AACACCAAAAAAAAGUUAUAGACAAUCAUUGCCAACCAGGCAUAAAGUCAGCCGAGGCACUAAAAAACACAAAAACAAAAACAUGAAGCAUGCGCGCAACUGUGAUCUGCCAGCCACGGCCAUUAUUGGAAUAUUGCUGUUGUCCAUUUCAACCGUGGGUGGCACGCACGCAGUGUCCUUGACAAAUGCCGCGGCCAAAGAACAGGAGCUGCAACUAUCGCUGCAUCGUCAUCUGAGUUUUAAGAGCGUGCAACGCAUGCUGCGCGAUGAAAACGAGCCCGCCAACUAUAAAAGCGAACUGCGUUACUAUCAGAAACGGGAGACGCAGACACAACAUGAACUCCACAAGCGUGAGAUCAGCGUGUCCACAGCAUUGCUCAAUCUCACGGCUCAAGGUCUGACAGCCUACGACAGUCAGAAGAACUAUCAAGGACAGUUUGAACUCGUCACCCACAUGGAUCUGAGCAACAAUAAAUUAAGCAGCCUGAAACUGGAUAACUUUGUGCAACUGAAACAGCUGGAUGUGAGCAAUAAUUCACUGACAACACUGCCUGCUGCUGGCUCAAUGUUAGUCACUUUGGAUCUCGCCUGCAAUCGCUUGGGUCAGCUGUCGGCCAGCUACUUUGCCCAACGAAUGCCUCAACUCAAACAUCUCAAUCUGGCGCACAACCAACUGGGAAAUAUAUCGCGGCAGGCAUUCUACAAUUUGAACAGCCUCGAAACGCUAUUGCUGAGUCACAACAACAUCACGGACAUCGACUAUGAAACAUUUCUGGCAUUGCCAAAUCUACAACACUUGGAUUUAUCGCAUAAUCAACUUAGCGGCUCGGCCAUAAGAGCUCUACAAGGUAUUCCCGAUCUUGUGAGUCUCUCGAUUUCACACAAUCCACAAGUGGGCACGGCCAUGCAGGAGUUUGUCGCCUCGUGGAGUCUCAAGGAGCUGGACGCCAGUGGCACAGGACUCUGUCAAGUGCCAGCUGCAUUGGCGCAAUCUGUGCGCACGCUCAAAUUGUCGCACAACUGGCUCAAGGCUAUUAACUGCGGUGAUCUAGACAGCUAUCCUUUGCUGCAAUAUUUGGAUCUAUCCUACUCGCAAAUUGCCCAAGUGGAGGACGAUGCGCUCGGUCGCCUCGAGCUGCUUGAAAUACUCUUUCUCGAUCACAACAGUUUGAUGCGUGUGCCCAGUACUUUGCCCACUUCUCUGGAGCAUCUGUUCAUGCAACACAAUCACAUUAUGGAACUGCAACCACAGGCAUUUGCCGCACUAAGCAAUUUAAAAACCCUCGAUUUGUCGGGAAAUCGUUUACUAUAUUUGCCAGCGCUGCCGUUGCCCAAGCUACUCACGCUUAAUUUGCAAUCGUCGGGCAUUGAAAGCGUUAGUCAGUCGAUUGUGCAUACCCUGCCGCAGUUGCGGGAUCUUUUGCUGGAGGAUAAUCCCAUUAGGUGCAGCGAUCUGCUGGGCAUUGCCGAGUGGGCGAGUCCGUGUCGUAGCCCCGAUAUGGGUCAAUCACCGGGUCGCAUCGAUUUGAAGAGUCGUUUCGUGCAAUCGCAGAACUUUUAUGAGCCCUUCAGCAGUCAAUGUGGACGAGAGGGAACGAAAGACGACGCGCAGCAAGAUGAAUGGACUAAAUCUAUGCCGCCCACUUGCGGCCUGUCAGCAACAGCAGCAGCAACAACAACAGCACCAUCAACUAUGCUCAAAGUGCACAAGUCAAAGGCAGCAGCAACAGCAACAACAACCAUGGCAACACUAACAAGUGCAAUGCAAUCAAGCGGCAACAACAUUGCGCUAGUAACCGCAAAAACUUUAGGGCCAGUUGAAACAACUUCGUUAGUGAAACUGCAGCGCCAACAAAUGCCUGGCAUGCCAACUGCAACAACAACAACAACAACAGCAACAAUAACAACCACAGCUCUUAGUCAAACAGCAACAGCCAGUGGCAUGCCAAGUUUGGUGGCAGCAGCAGCAACUCUUGCUGCCAAUCGCACAAACAUUUUGGCAGCACAACCAGCAGCAGCAGUCAGUUCACUGCCGCCAGCGUCGAGUCGAGCAGACGUUGUAAAUUCAACUGUAGCAACAACAACAACACCGCCAAAAAGACUCGCCAUGCCAACUCACAUUAGCGAUGUUGCUGAGGUUGCCACAACAGCAACACAAGGCAAUGUGCCACAAACAAUUUCGACGCUUAUAACUGCCAAAGAAGAAAGUCAAAAGCUGUCUAAUAAUACAGCAAACAGUUUAUUAAAACUGACGACAUCGACAAUCGAAACGCCCAGCGAGACAUCCGGUCAAGAGGUGGCAUCAUCGACGUCGAUUCCGAAGGCACAGUCACAGCCACAGCUGCAACAUAAGCAUGCCACAUUGCAGUUGCACAUUAAGAACCGUCAUCUAAUUGGUACGCCCUUGCUGAUGCACAAGGGCGAUAACCUGCUCGUGGAUGCCGAGCAGUUGCUGCUGCCCGGUACGGCAACAGUGGCGGAUGCGGAAACAUUGGAUGCCAGCCAGCAGCGACAGGAAGCGACUGAUAAGCGACAGCCGGAUGUAAUAAAGGGCGACACAAAGGCUACAUCGCUGGAGACGACGACAGAGAAGACAGCAGCAUCAACAGCAGCAUCAACAACAACAGCAACAACAGAAUCAGUAGCAACAGCAACAUCUACAACAGCAGCCAAAACGCACAAGAAAAAGAAUCCCUCGCUAAGCAUCAAAAAGAUGACCUACAGCACAAAGCACGCAACAACUAUGAAAACAACGGCAACAGCAACAACAACAAUGCGAGAAGUGACAACAACAAGUAGCGAACACCAACAGCAUCAACACAGCAGCGUGAAUACGCCAAAUGCUGUGAAACAAGAGCUCAGCACAUUCGCCCAACUGAAGGCCUUUGUGGAUCUCAAGACGGAAGCCUCGAAGUCAGCACAUCUGCUGGACACACGCCAGGAAACACAACAAACCCUGCCUGGCAGUCAUCCGGGUCUUAUGCUCUUGCUGGCAUGCGUCCUGGUCAUUGUCCUGUUGGCGGGCCUGGCGCAUGUUUAUCGCUGUGAGCUUCCGUGGCAACGCAGCGGACGCGCCGGACAGACACGACCGCAUCAUCAGCGCCAGUUCAAUGAGAACGAUGAUGUGCACAGCUUUCUGCACUAUCAAGGAUCGAGCAAUGCGGAUCCAGCACGUCUGCAAGCCUGGCAUCACAGCACUAGACGCGAAGCACCCUACAGCUCGCCUCUACACAAUCUGCAAGCCCGCGAAUUGCAGCGCGAACAGCAGAAGCUGCAAUUUUACAGUGCCUCCCUAGCUGACAGCUCCAUUGGCAGUGGAAGUGGCAGUGGCAGCGCCUGCUCCUCGGGCAGCAGUCGCUCGAGCUUGCACUCGCCCAGCAAUGAGGAUAGCUACUACAUUGAGAUGGCACCCAGCAGUCCCAAUGCGGCGGCCAAUUCGCUGUCCAGUCUGCCCAUGGAGCUGCUGAGUGGCAGUCGUAGCAGCGGCAAUGUGGCAGCCACAGAAUUGGGAGGUGGUGCCGCCACAUUGACAUCGGCAACGACGCUCAGAUCGGUGAGCAGCAAACUGAUGGCGCCCAGUUCGCGUCGGUUGGGCAUCUGGUGACAAACCGUCUUCGGACAGCGACAAUACGCACCCUUCCAGUAAUUCAAUGGCAAAUAGAAAUCAUUAUUCUUAGUUUUAAGCAAGAAUGAGAGACAAGUCCCAACUGCCCUCUGCCAGCUACCACUUGCCAGCUGCCAACUGUCAGUGUCCGACUGGUCGAAAGUGAGUCAUAAAGCUAAAAACAGCAGCAACAAUCUAAAUAAGGGACUACUUGCACCCACAUAGAUAUAUUAUAUAUAUAAAUAUAUUUAUAUAUUUGAGUAUGUGUGUGUACACAGUCUAGCUUGAUUUAUGGCUCUGCGUGGCCGCACACGUGGCAGGCCUCUUAGCGUCUAGGUUAGCAGCAACAAUUUGUCAUAAAGUUGCGUUACGUAUACGCCAAGUAGUCAAGCAGCCAAAUAGCCACCGUGUCCGCCUACCGUCUCCCGCCUCCAUCGCAACCACAACGCCAAUCGACGGCAACUUUUUAUGGGCCAUCGAGCACUCUGAGCAGCGAAAGCCCACUGCCCUUCAAUUUAAUGUCCAUCUUGUGGUCGUAUUUGGGUCAGUUUACUUGAGGCCAACGCCGUGCGUUGUCUAUGUGUAUGUGUGUGUGUGGGCCAGUUAAGUACGUAUGUGUGUGUGUCUGUGUGUGUGUGUGUGAGUAUAUAAGUGCCUGUCCGUUGGCCAAGAUUAAGUGCUUUGAUAGUCGUGCAUAUAAAAAUGAAAUAUCGAUAAAGUAUUAAAUAACAAUUUAGUUUAUGACAAGGCUCCAGCUAUCAAUGCGCAUUAUAAGUUCUCAGCAACAGACGCUGAGCAAUGCAGAUUUAAAGAGAAUAUAUUGUAUAUCCAUAUAAAUAAUAACUCAAUUUGUUAUGGAUGUAACUUGUAACUUGUUCCGCAUGAUUACAACAUAUGUAUACUUGAUUGAGCUUCGAAUAGCAUGUCCCAGUUUAAUUAUAGUUUUGCAAUUUCAGCUAUUGCUGCCACUUC